GGCACAGCAGCAGCAGGAAAAAGGAAGAAGAGAGACCACCAGCCGGAGCCCGGAGCACAGCGGCAAGGGCCUGGCCGAGCUCCUGCCAGAUCUCUCUCUAGUCUCCCCGCUCCUCGCUCGCCUCCUACGACCCCGCCGAUCGACGCGCGCCGCAGGCAGACGCAGCAGGACAGCGCGCGGUGUGAUGCGCGGCUAUGGGGCUUCAAGGGGAUAAGGCGACGCACGACUUCCUCUCGCUCUACACCGCCGCCAAGGACGCCGCCCUGCCGCUGCUCCACGAGUCCAAGCUGCCGCCGCCGCCGACGACGACGACGUCUCAUCAAGGUUUGUUCCUCAAGACGCACGACUUGCUGCAGCCGCUGGAGAGGCCACCACCACCGCAAGCCCCCGCUGAGAAGCCGCUCCACCAGCACUUGCUGCCCGGCGGCAUCGGCACGUUCAGCAUCAGCCCAGGCCCGCGCGGGCGCGGCGCGGCGGCCGUCGUGAAGCAGGAGCAGCAGACGCCCUUCGCGCUCUGGGGGCAGCCGGACCCUCGAGGUCACCCGUGGUCGCUCCCCUUCGCCGCGCGCUGCGUCGCCGUCGCCUCCGCCAGGCCACAACAACCCCAGCCACAGCAACAGAGGCCGCCGGAGCGGAAGGCGUGCGGCGGCUUCAUGGACGCCGGCUCCAGAUCCAGCGGCGGCGCGGGAUUCGACGACGACGAUGGCCUCGCUGCCCGCCGCGAGGUCUCCUCCUCGCUCAAAGACCACAGAGUGGAGGCUAAGGGCGGGAGCUGCAGCGGCAGCGCCGGAACGGACCAGCUGCCCAACACGCCACGCUCCAAGCACUCCGCCACGGAGCAGCGCAGGCGCAGCAAGAUCAAUGACAGGUUUCAGAUACUUAGAGAAAUCUUGCCGCAAAAUGAUCAAAAGCGAGACAAAGCAUCAUUUCUCCUAGAGGUCAUUGAAUACAUACGGUUUUUGCAAGAGAAAGUAGAAAAGCACGAGGCUUCACAACCAGAGUGGAACCAAGAAAAUGCAAAGAUCAUGCCAUGGUCUAACAUCUACUUCCGGUCUUCCUGGAAAAAUUCACAGAACAAGGACGAAGUAAACGGAGAUACAACCACCGAUGCAUCACUAGUCAUAAAAAAUGGCUCCUCCCCACGGUUUCCUUUUGCUGCAAAGCCUGGGGACCUUAACAAUGCAGCUGCGUUUGAAACUGCCUCGGGUGCACAUGAACGGGUAGAACUAGAACCAAAGGGUUGUGUGCCUCGCAAAGAAGAUGAAACUCCCAAUAAUGUUACAAAUAAUGUUGCCACCCAGCAAGCAGCAGAAACACAGUUGACAAAUCCGUCACCCUCAGACGACUUGGCAGGCAACAAUGGGAUGCUGAACAACCCUGAGUUGGCCAUAGAUGAGGGGACAAUCAGCUUGUCGAGCCAAUAUUCCGAAGGCUUGCUUACUACCUUGAAUCUUGCGCUGCAAAACUCGGGCGUAGAUUUAUCGCAAGCUAGCAUCUCGGUGCAGAUCAAUCUCGGUAAGCGGGCUAUCAAGAGGUGCAAUGAUCCUGGGCCAAACCCCACUUCCAAGGAUCUCAUGAACCACAUGUCUCAUGAUCAAGAGAUUGGGCAGCAGCUAAUAAGGUCAGGGGACGGCGCUAGAGAACGCUCGCGGGCAACUAAGCGGCACAGAUCAGAGAGAUAACAUCCGUUGGAUGUCUGCUCAUUGCCGACGCGAAAGAUGGUUCAAUCCUAGUUUUUUGGCGCUCCCCCCCCCCCCCCCCCCCCCACCCACCCCCACACACACAACAAGAGGGGAGCCUCGGUGUAUGGUGCGUGUAUGUUAAGCCCUACCAGGCGAUGACACGGGACUACGCUGCUGCAUUCUUUGAUUGAUUCGAUUGCGUCUAGUGAUAGGCUGCUGCUGCUCCCGUCCCAGACUGUGAAGCUGCUUUUGUUCAUAAUUCAUAGCAUAGGCUUCCAUUGUCAUGAGAAGUUGGGUUUGCAUCCCUCCCCUCUGUAAGACUGUGACACAGACAGACCUCCCUUGUAGUGUAGUGUAGCGUACAUACAUGUCGUGAUGGUUCUUUCGCCGGCCAAUGUGCAGUGCAGUGCAGCUGCUGGCUGGUCCAAAGUGAAACACAUCAAAUUAAUGUUGUGCUGUUACCAGUUGCCUUGUGUGCAACCGUCUC